AUGUCUUCCCAGCAAGCAGAAGAAGAUCCCAUAAACGAAAAACUAAAAGCCUCCCUCUGGUUCGCCAUCGGCAAACUCAUCGACGAGGAGUGUCUCCGCCUAAACACGACCGCCACCCCCCAGUUCAUCGGCGCCAUGACCGAGAUGGCCUGGGCACAGCUAGAAUCCGUCGCCACAGACCUCGAGUCCUUCUCGCGGCACGCCAGCCGCACGACAGCCACCAGCGACGAUGUGCUGCUCGUGACGCGACGGAACGACGCUUUGCACGGUAUCAUGCGCGAGUUUGUUGAGGGGGAGAAGGCGAAGAAGGAGAGAGAACGGGCUGCUGGAGGUGAGAGGGGGAGGAGGGGGGUUGUAGGGAAGGCAGGGAAGGCGGUUGGGGCUGGGGCUGGGGCUGGUGGUGGAGCGAGAGGGAAUGGGACUGGAAGAGGGAGAGGAAGAGGAAGAGGACGGGCAAAAUGA